UUUUCUCUCUGGUUCUGUCGUCGGGCCGACACGCAAGGAAGGGGGUCUUUGUUUGCGUAUCACAUUCGCGUUGCACGGUAUCAUCACUGACGGCUCCUUCGCAGUGCCCGAGACGGAAUGUGCCGUGAGUGGAAGCGUCGUUCUCGCUCCUAUCGUUUGUGAAAUGUGUUGUAGUGGUUCAGGGUGGCGCCGUCUAAUAGUGCAAGUGCAGUGAGGUGCAGUGCUGUGUUCGAGCGAGCGUGGGUCGGUACGGCCACGGCGACCGAAGUGCGUGGAGGUGGCGGUGGCCGCUCGGCCAUGACCGGCGAUAUGCCUUUAGGGAGCGCGCACGCGUUCGGGCGUGCGUUGCUCCGGGAUGGGGCGCUGCCGCCGCUGGAGCCCGGGCCGCCCGCUCCACCCGCGACCAACGCGCAGCCGCCCGACAAGCGCCCACCGGCCGCUGCUGCAAGUCCCGAGCAGGUCAUGAAGCUCUACAUGAACAAACUUACCCCCUACGAACAUAGAGAGAUAUUCGAUUACCCCCAAGUGUACUUUAUAGGCGCGAACGCAAAGAAACGACCUGGCUUGGUCGGCUUUCCUAAUAACUGCCAGUACGACAAUGAGCAAGGCUCCUACAUCCACAUACCACAUGACCACAUCGCGUAUCGCUAUGAGGUAUUGAAAGUGAUCGGUAAGGGUAGUUUUGGCCAAGUAGUAAAGGCGUACGACCACAAGAAGCGAGAGAACGUUGCACUGAAAAUGGUCAGGAAUGAGAAACGUUUCCACAGGCAGGCUCAAGAGGAGAUUCGUAUAUUGGAGCACCUCAGGGAACAAGACAAAGAUAACACGAUGAAUGUGAUACACAUGUUCGAUUCGUUUACGUUUAGAAAUCACACAUGUAUAACGUUUGAAUUGCUAUCCAUAAACCUGUACGAGUUGAUAAAGAAGAAUAAGUUCCAGGGUUUCUCUUUGCAACUCGUCCGCAAGUUUUCACACAGCCUGUUACAAUGUUUGCACGCGUUGAACAAAAACCGAAUUAUACACUGCGAUAUGAAGCCCGAAAAUGUGCUGCUGAAGCAACAGGGACGCUCCGGAAUUAAGGUGAUAGACUUCGGCAGUUCGUGUUACGAGCAUCAAAGGGUGUACACAUACAUCCAGUCGAGGUUCUACCGCGCACCGGAAGUCAUGAUGGGCGCCAAGUAUGGCAUGCCCAUAGAUAUGUGGUCGCUGGGAUGUAUUCUGGCGGAACUGCUAACAGGGUUCCCCCUUCUCCCGGGCGAAGAUGAAGCGGACCAAAUGGCGUGUAUCAUUGAGCUACUGGGUAUGCCACCCCAGAGGCUGAUAGAGCAGGGCAAACGUUCCAAGAACUUCAUCAGUAGUAAAGGUCUACCAAGAUACUGCACUGCUACUACACUGCCAGACGGUACCACAGUUCUAAGUGGGGGUAUGUCAAGGAGAGGCAAGCCACGUGGUCUUCCCGGCUCAAAGAGCUUUGUGACAGCCCUAAAGGGGUGCCAGGACAAAUAUUUUAUCGAUUUUAUUAGAAGGUGUUUAGAAUGGGAACCAGAGAAGCGUCUGUCACCUGCGCAGGCGUUGCGACACGCGUGGUUACGCCGGCGUUUGCCCCGCCCACCUCACGACGAAGAACCAAACCACUCAACUAGCGUAUCAGGCGGGGCGGGCGGGACGAGCGUAGCGGGCGGAGCGGGGGCGGGCGGCGCGCGAGGCGGUUCCCUUAGGACGCCGCUCGCGCGCACGCCCGUCACUUUCAAUGCCUCGCAAGUCGCCAGUGAGUACACCGCCAUAUUUACACGCGAAGCGAAGCUCCAAGCGGCCUUAUCGGAAGAGGGCAGCGGCGUGAGCGCGGGCAGCGGCGCGGGCAAUGCGCGGUACUGGGCAAGCAAGCUGCCCCACUUACCCGCACCUUCCUAGCGCCCGCCCGCGCAACGCCGCCUCGCUAAGUUGGUGUGUUUCAGGUGUCGUCGCUAGAAGCGCCGCGGCGCGCGGUCCCGGGCCCCACCCGGCUUGACCUUGAGCGUCGGAGCCUUGACCUCGAGCGGGAGUUGCGCGUGGAUAGGGACUCUGACGCCUCGCUCGACGACCGGGACCAUCUCGUCUGAAACGCUCGACUUCAGCGCCAGCUAGUGUCGGUGAACAGUGACUGGUUGCUGACCAUACUUAGAGAUAAGAGAUACUUUGAUAAUAGUGAUAAUUUUCGAUACAAAUUCGUUAGCAAGAAUUAUAUUAGUCGCUAUUCAUACUCCCUAUAAUUUGGGAAACCGAUUCGUAUGGAAUAUAUUCACGUUUUACGUGACAUUUUCCGAUACAAAUUAUUCUCGAAAGACUUUUACUAGGUGUCAAUCUUGUGUAUGUGUUAAGUAUUGAAAAGUAAAGCUCAAAUAUGUGUAACUAAGUUGGUCAGUAACUGGUUUGAGAGUGCGUGCUAUUAAAGUAGUUGACUGCCAAAUAUCCGACAGCUACUUAUGAUUUAUAGCACUUUUUAGUUAAGUAUUAACGGUUUUAUUUACUUCUGUAUUUUUUUUACAUAUUGACCAAGUUUUAUAUGUGACCUAAUUGGUUUUAACAGUGCUAUGUAUAUAUUCGUAAUAGCACGCUCUCUAAUGUGGUGUAAAGUGACCAAAAAUAGUGAAGUGACAGUGACAUUAGCUAUUUAAAAACGCGCCAUCUAUUGUUCACAGACAGUGAUUUAGUAGUGAAGUUAGUCACCAUUGCCGUUACGGUGAUUUCCAACGUGUAGUUUUAUUUGGGAUAAGGAAUUUCAGCGGGCAUUGGAUUGAUAUCAAAGUAUUAAAGUGCCUCAAUUUAUAUCGGUCCUUAGUGACAGCCCCAGUAUUAGGAAUUCAUAAGAAAACCGAACAUCGAAAGUUUUGUUGUUUCAAUUGAUCGUAGUAAUAUUGUGCCUCUCUAUGUAUACUCAGUUACAUGUUCCUAUUUAUAAUUAAUUUAGGAAGUAGACUGCACUGUAAAUAGAUGGCGCCAAACCUGUAGCUGAUUUAGUAUUUGCGCACGGUACAGUUAGCAAAAGCAUAGCUAAAUUUUGAUGAUGUUUUGGGCUUACAGUGGAGUUUAUUUUUUAACUUGAGGCAAUGGUGACUCUGCUAGACAUCGCUCGGCGUUUAACCUAGUGCGUAGUGGCAAAAUUGAUCUCAAUAAUAAAAUAAAGACUACGAACGUAAAUAAAUACGAAAAUUUUAGUGGAAUUGUGCGAAUAACCUAACGUGUUUUACGUGUUUUCUAUAUUGUAUAUGUACCGUAAGGACAAUGUUAGUGCCUACUAAGUCUGGUUUAGUGUUAGAAACCUCGACCACUGUUUAAGGAUACUCUUUAAACAAACCGAACGACUUUAUUCGAGAGAUGAAUUUUUCACGCGCUCGGCAAUAAUUCGUCAAAUCUCAAAUGCCACUUACUUUUCGCAAUGCAAUUAACUUUUAAUGUCAAAUAAAAAUUUUACUAACCAUUUUAAUACUCCGUGAGCUAUUUUCAGUAUAUAUUUCACCUAUUUUAAUCCACAGACACUUUAUUUAAUUUAAAAAAAAGACAGUGGCAUAACGAGAUUUCGAUGGAAUUAAUCUUUGUUAGCGAAUAAGAGUCAAAUGAAAAAGUCUCUCGCUAGUAUUAGCGAUUUGUUGUGUGUGACUAAACAAUUUUCUACUGAAUCAAAUUUUUAUUUUAUAAGUCUUGUAGUUUUUUCCGAGUGAUAUAAUUCGCUGUAUUUCAUAGUGAAACGGUGACCUUAUUAUUGGAAUUCUUGGACGUAAGGGUAGAUAGAUACAAGGCCUUCUAAUUAAGAUAAGCUAUGCGAUUUUGUUUGUAUAGUAUAGUUGUGAUGUAUACAGUGAACAGUUGUAGUAUUUUUAAUGUAUCGGCCAAUCUAUCGAAUUGUCGCAGGUUUAGAUUAUUUUUACUAUUACAUUUUCUGUUUGAUGAACCUUUCUGUCUUAGAAAAGAUUUGACAAUGUUAUUUAAUCGGGAUGUAUCAAAUUAGUAUGAAAUAAUCUACACCACGCUAACUUAGUACAUAAACUGCAUUUUAUUUACAAAAUAUGGUUCCUUUAUUUACGAAUGGUCAAAUAUAUCAGUGCUCGAACAAGGAUUAGUGAACAUAUUAUUUUCAAAUUUGUUUUUUUAUAAUUUCUCACUUAAAGAUAAAUGAUUUAUUUAUUGCAUUUAUUUUGUUCUCUAACUUGAACCAUGGUUUUAAAUUAUAUUUUACAGUUUGACACUAUUUGACUGUGAAGUAUAGAUUUUCGUAUUACAUAUUGAAAAAAAAAAUACAUAAGAUUUAGUCAGUUUCACUGUCGAUAUGUAUAUAGGGUGUACUUAUUAAUUUUAAAUAGAUGGUCGUAGUAUAAGAAACGAACUGAUAAGAACGUAUUCAUUAUAAGUAAAUGAUGAUUUCUAAGUACACCCCCACCCGUGCAAUAUGUUUGACAGUUUUUUAAUCGCUUGUUUGUCUUCCUAUGUACCGAUAAAGGCCUAUUUAAUUAUUUGUAUACACAUAUGCAUUUUCGUUUAGUUUUAAUUUUUUUUCUUUGUUUACGUGAUACGUAAGUGUAAUGUUUUAUACAUUGUGAUUGUGAGCUUGCCAGUGGUGAAAAUUGGAAGUGCAAUUUAGUUUUGGGUUCGCUAGUUGCGCGAUUAGUAAACAAUAAAAUAUGUCUGUCUUUUGUUUACAAUUUCGCCAGUAGCGACAUCUGUGAUUCAAAAUUGUUGUAUAAAUGCGUUUUUUGUGUGGUGUUAUGGUAUUUGUACAAAUAAUGAAUUAAACAUUAAACGCACAAUCAGUUAAUAAUGAAAUUUACUAAAAAUCGUUAAACUAGGCGUAAAAUAUGCAUAGCUAGAAUUAGUAACUAAAUUGAAUACUGUGAUGAAUUUAAGUUUUCAUCACUGGCAAGCUUUAUGUAUGAAUUUAAUAUUUUGCAUAUAGGCGGUCACUCAGACGAUGAAGAUUUAUUUUCUGCUUUGAUCAUGAAUAAGCAACAUGCGAAAAAUAACAAUGGGUUAUCCUGUUUUAUUUUAAUAAUGGAGUCCGAAAUUGCCGCUCUUUCUCUCAGUGACACUAUACUCAAUGUAGCAUUCGAUUAAGUUGACUGCCUUUUAUUUUACUAUGCUCAAUAGAUCGUAGUGGUCGUUAAGUACAGUCAGGUGGCGAUACUAGUUUUAUUUUUUACCCAAUAGCUGUUUAAGGUAUAUAGUCAAUUACUAUAGAUUAUUUUUUACUGAAUGUUGGCUAGUGUGGCUCAGUACGGCCAAUCGAUGAACGUCGAUAGCUUAUUUUAACCAGCGCCAUCUGUUGUGAUAAAAAAAUUCAAUUUAAGCAAUAAUUUUAACUCAAAUUACUCGAUUAAGAUGUGUUUCUCGUAAAAGUCAAAGAGGCUGAUGUCGGUAUAAGUUUUGUGAUCUACAGUUUUAGAUAUAAUGUUCCAUAAUCUACUUACAAAUUCCGUCCAAAUGUUGGUUUUUAUGUCGUUUCAAUAGCUUAAAUUAUCCAGUGUGUAAAUACCUUUUGGUUCCACUUGUCUAACACAGAUGGCGCUGUAAGCUAUCCGCAACAUUGAUCAGUAUUAAACAUUUUUCGUUGGAAGUCUCGCAUCGCUACUGCCAAGUACAUUUAAUUAAUUAUAAGUUUUUGCUAUAUCACAAUUUACAUAUAGCAAUUGUCUAGUGACUAUAUACAGAGAGUCACGGGUAUGUUAAGCCCUAAAGCGUAUAAAACGUUCUUCGAAUUUUGUAGCAAAAAACGUUGAUGGCUAACUAUAUUUCGAAACACUCUGUAUAGCUUUCGUUCGACCGCUGCAUUUGACCCUAGUUACGUUGUAAAGUUGUGUUCUCAUUUUGUAUGUUACGCUGCUGUUUCAUCUUGAAACUUGUAGCGACAAUGUGAAUACUAUACAAUUUAAAUAAAUGAAUUAUAUAAUGAA